GAAAAAGAAAACCGCAAAUAAUUGAAACAAGCCAAACUUGGAAUUGCAGAAACUCGGUUUUUAUAUUUGCCGUAGCGAAUUCUCAAAAAUGGUAUUCAAAUAUCUGGCUCUGAUGGUGCUACUAGAGAUUGGCCUCUGCCUAGCAUUUACCGUUCCUGAUGUACACACAAAGAAGAGACGAGAAACAGUGGAAGAUAAUGGAGACUUCCUGCUAGUGUGUCAGCAAGAACCAAUCGAGCUCGGCAUUGUCCUUGACUCCUCCAAGUCCAUCCUGCUCCAAGACUUCCAGACCGGGAUCAAAUUCCUGCAGGAUUUUCUACAGCAGUUUGAAAUCGGUUCCGGACCCAAGGACGUGAGGGUCUCCGUCAUAACGUACGGCAAGGGCAUCUACGCAGAGGACGCCUUCAACCUGACCACGUACACGACUAAGGACGAAGUGAUUGACGCCAUCGGUAACGUCCCCCACAGGGCCGGGCUGUUCACGGACACGGGGAAGGCCAUCAAGUUCAUGCACGAGGUCCAGUUCGCCCCAGACAUCGUCAGACCGGAAGCGCAGAAAAUCAGCAUCGUCAUCACGGACGGCAACUCUCAGCUAUGGAAGGAAACCAAAGCGGAAGCGGCCUCAGCAAGGAAUGACGGGAUUGUCCUGUUCGCCAUUGGCGUGGGCAAGGACAUCCGGGGGGACGAGCUGACCAACAUCGCUGGUGACGCGUCACGUGUCACACAGGUGGACAACUACGACAAGCUUGGCACAAUCAAAGAGUCACUGGCCCAGAAGACUUGCAUUAAAAAAGAAAAGCCGACAACGACACCUGUACCAUAUAACCCACCGUGUGGCGAGGUUAGCCCAGCCGAUGUCUACUUUGUGUUCGAUCCUGCAACGCUGGGUCUGGACUCUACAACCUGGGCCACGUCAUUCAUCUCUCGGACAUUGAGCAGUCAAGACAUGGACAAAGGGUUCCAGUACGGCGUUAUCUCCGGGACCUGCCCCGGUGACGCUGGCUUUGACCUCAACGAUUUCACCAACGUGGAGGACAUCAAAACGAGGCUCCAGGCCUACGACAGGAGUAAACUCACAGACCUAGCACAGAGGCUGUUGACGGAUGGGUACACGGAAGACAGAGGGGCCCGUGCCGGCUCCAAGAAAGUUGCCGUGCUGUUUGCCGGCGGCGACAUGAAGAAAGACGAUGAUCUGAAGACGCAGGUGGACAAACUCAAGACAGCAGGGGUUGAGGUGUACCUCGCUGACCCAGCCGGACGGGAACUGACGCUAGAGGGCGCUGUGACGCUUUUCGGCAAGUCGUCGGUGCAGGCGGCCGAGGAUUUGGUGGGGAGACUGUGUCCCAACCUGGUGGCCACGUCAUAGCUGACGUCAUAAGAUACAUUUUUUGCCUGACAGGAUGGAAGAACAAGGUCGCCACAUCACUGGAACAUCAUCACAUUAUUUAAACAUCACCACAUUUUUUGAACAUCACCACAUUUUUUGAACAUCACCACAUUAUUUGAACAUCACCACAUUUUUUGAACAUCGCCACAUUAUUUGAAGCUCGCGACAAUCUAAAAAAAAAACAUCGCGAUAUCACCGAAACAUGUAUUUAAACCAAGUCACUAAGGUUAGGUAACUCAGACAUUGUUAGUAACCACUACUAUGAUAGUCACUCCUCUAGCCAAUCAUCACUUGCGUGGCUUGUUUACCUUUAUAAAUCAGUAUACAACCAGCUUUGUUGUCUAUCUAUUUUUAAAUCAGGAUUCUACUCUAAUAACAAAAAAUGUUUUUAAUAACGCUGUCUCUAAUCGUCUAAUUGUAAAAACCAGACUUGAAAACAAGUGGCGCCUACUUAAAUUGUGGUUUCAACUUCUCAUUAAUUAUUUAUUGUUCACCACCCC